GCAAUUCCAACGAAUCCGAGCAAACAAAAACAUCCGGUGGUCGGUGGAUCCCACGUGCUCACCAGCACCACCCGAUAAAACCCUAACCGCCUCCCUCUCUAAGCUCGACCACCGAAUCGCCGUCCAGAAUGGAACAGCCCUCAACCCCCAACGCCGCCUCUCCUCCUCCCAACGACUCCACCACCACCACCAAUAACAAGAACAAGAAGAAGCGGCAGCUGCCGGGCCCGGAGGGGGUGCUGUCCCACUACGAGGCCCAGGGGCUGGGCACCCGCGAGGCCUCCCUCCAGGCCAUCGGCGAGCUCCAGUCCCUCCUCUACAAGUCCGUGGUGUCCGGCCGUGGUGGCAAGAAGGAUACCGACUCCGUCCGCAAGCUCGACACCAUCAACACCCGCCUCGCCAUCAUCGAGAUGAAGCUCGACUCCAAGCCCAGCUUCCUCCAGUCCUUCGCCAUCGGCCUCGCCUCCGGCGCCACCAUCCCCCCCAUCCUCUCCGGCCUCGGCGCCAUGUGGAACGCAGUCAAGACCGCCACCAGGAGCUCCCCUCCCUCUUCCUCCUUGUAGUUUCUUUUCUCUCUUUCUUCUCCAUCCAUCCUUUUCGUCUUGUCUUUCUUUCUUGCAAAGCGACCGACCCGGUUAUAUGUAAUGAACAUGAAACAGAAUUCUUCUUUUUCUCGAUAUCAGCAGUUUACAAAUAUCCAGGAACAAGAGAGAGACGAUUAGCAAAUGGGCAUGGAGGUGGCUUUCCAUAUAAUUGUUAGAUUACAAACUGGAGCGCUUUAUCAUCUUGGGCGGAUGCAACUCGUGUACUUGAAUGAAUAAGAUCUGAAGUUUCUUCGGGAAUUUUAGAGUA